AUGCCCGUCCAACGAACAAUCUUCGGCAGGCCUAUACGGCCUCUGCCCCCGAAGCAGAUGACCAUCCUGCUGGGCACCAUUGCUAUGUCCGCAUUCAUUACACUCUUGUUCACGCUGCCGAGUUCGAUACCCACGCGCCCGUCCAUUUCCCUGCCCAAGAUCCCUCAGAAGCUGUCUCCCAGUAUCUUCAACCCCUUCCGUCCAGCCGCACACGCGCCGCCGAUACCGAAGAACAAGAAUUUAACAGAUGGGGAAUCGACAUGGUACACGAACUGGAACUGGCUGAGCCCCUUCUCUUCGUCUGUUACGCUGGACGAGAAUCGCUCGCUACUCCCGCCUCUUCAAGAACGGCCGCCAAUCUACACAUACUACGACCAUACCUUGAAGAAGGAGGAGGAUCUGAAGAAGGCUGAGAAUGCCAUCCUAGUUACAUGGAGAAAGGCAUGGUGGGCGCAGGGUUUCAGGCCGAUCAUCCUAAGCCCGGCAGAAGCUAUGAACAAUCCCAUGUAUGCGGAACUUCAGCUGCUGGCGCUGGACGAACCCAUGAAAAUUGAGGUGUCGAGAUGGCUGGCGUGGGAGAAUAUGGGGACUGGGUUGCUUUGCAACUAUUUGAUGCUGCCAAUGGGCUCGUACGAAGACCCUCUACUUGCGUAUCUUCGGAGGGGGGAAUAUCCUCAUUUGACGCGAUUCGACAAAAUGGGAAGUGGGCUAUUCGCAGGAUCAAAGGCAGAUAUUACAGCUGCUGUGAAGGAAGCCUUGGCGAAUAAGGAGCUGAAGACAGCCAAGAAUUUCAUCGAUGCUAUCAAGCCCGAGACCUUCGAGAUUGAGCCAAAGCACGACGCAUUGGCAUACUACGACGCCAAAACUAUCAAUGAUAAAUAUCCCAAGAUCGCGGAAGAUAUCGUCAAAAAGGGAGCAGAGGGGAUGAUGAUUUUGAACCAGCUCACAGUAUCACAUCUACACGGCACCUGGCGCAACAUCCACUCUAAAGGGAUUUCUGUUGUCAAGCCAGACCCAGUACACAUGUCUUCUCUCGUAGAACCCGCUUUCAAACUCGCCAGCUUCCUUGCCCAAUGUCCCGAAUCACCAAUGCCAGCAUCCUGUCCUCCCAAUCGUCCACGCUGCAAACCCUGCGUAGCCUCUACGCCCGUCAAGAUAUCUACCCCCGAGUACUACGAAAACACAACCGAGCUCUAUACAAUCGGCACAGUCCCCCACCCCUAUACGCACGCUGUCCUCAGCGCCUUCCGCUCCGAGAUAACCGUCCCCUGGAUCCGCCGCGAAUCCACCCGCGACCCCUGGCUCACGCGCCUCACGCAGCAGCUCCUCGGCUCCGGAGUUUCUGGUGCUCCUCGCGUUAUCAAAUUUAAGGAAGCAGUCGCCUCCCCCUUCGGCAAGGCGCACUCCCUCUGGGUAACGGCCGAGAAAGAUAUGCCGCUCGACCUGGACUGGCACUUCGGCUUCACGAUCCCGCGCAACGCCACCGAUACGGGGAAGUCGGAGACGCCGGUGCCGGGCCCGGAGCGGCGCCCAAAGCCGCAGCACGACCCCAAGGACGGUCCGGUGCCGAGCGAGGAGGAGAUGGCGCAGGAGCUGGAGCUGCUCAAGCGCGCGAAGGAGUUUGGGGUGCAGAGGACGAGCGAAGAGGAAAAGAUCCGGGGCGCGAUCGAGGCGUGGAACUUGGCGGAUACAGAGGCGUGGCGUUUCGCGAGGGCGUUCUUAGCGCGGAGUCGUGUAGAAAGGCUGAAGUGGGAAGAGGAGGAGAAGAAGUAUGCUGGGGGUGCUGGGGCCGAGAGGAAAAAAAGCGAGGGCUGGGGGAGAUGGUUUGAUGAUAAAUGA